CACACACACCUGUUGAUCACAACUCACGAUGCUUAGCAGCGCCCUUUAAAGAACAUAUUAUUAAUUUGGGCCUCCUAAACAAUGUGUUUAGGUUGUUAAGUCUGUAUGGUACUAAAUGACACAGCCGUUUCAAACGCCAGCACAUUCAAAUGAACACUGGUUGAUGCCUGAUUCAGACCUGCUUCUUUUGGAGACCUGCACUAACAAAUAGAUGGACAUGCCACCGAUGGGUCUCCUACUUGUUCUGUCUCUAACUCUGCUCUGCUGUCUACCUCACCCAGCUUCACCAGCCGAGCUAGCUCACAAUGACUCAGGGGUUCCCUAUCUGCCCUCUACGUUGGUAGAGGAGGCUCUGAAAAGGGCUUUAGAACGUACUAAUGCUGCUUACGCCCACACCAAGGAGAGGGUGAAGACAUCUCUGUCGGAGGGUGCUCUGAGACCCAGCGACCUCCUGGCUCAGUUCAAGCAGAUCGGACCCCAGACCAGGAGGCACAUCAGCGCAGCUGAGCUGCUGGACAAUACAGUGGAACUGAUCAGGGAGAUGGUCUACACCAGUACCAUGGCCCAGUCCAGUCUACCUGACCCGCUGAGUGAGGAGGACAUGCAGGUUCUACUGCAGGCUACAGGCUGUUCCUCUGAGAUGCAGAGACCCCUCUGUAAGACUGGCUGUCUGUCUGAACGCUACCGUUCAUUCACCGGGGAGUGCAACAACAGACAGCACCCUAAGUGGGGUGCGGCCAACACCCCGUACUCCCGCUGGCUCCCCCCAGAGUACGAGGACAUCAGAGGGGUCCCUAGGGGCUGGGACCCUGAACACACCUACUAUAACUACACCUUGCCCCCGGUGCGCCUCAUAUCCCAGAACGUUCUCUACACCCACAAUGAGAACAUCUCUCUGGACUCAUCUCUGUCCCACCUGCUGGUGGAGUGGGGUCAGUGGAUCGACCAUGACUUCGCUCUGACCCCUCAGAGUCCCAGCACAGCUGCCUUCAGGACCGGGGCCGACUGUACCCGCACAUGCAGCCGGGACACUCCCUGCUUCCCUAUAGAGAUCCCGCUGUCAGACCCUCGUACUGGUAUACAGAGCUGCAUGCCUUUCUUCCGCUCGGCGCCCAGCUGUGUCAGGAGCGAAGCCUUCACCGGGGCCACACCCCACCAUCACCGGGAGCAACUGAACGCCAUCACCUCAUUCGUGGAUGCCAGUAUGGUGUACGGUAGCUCCUCCCCCAUGGCUGCGGCCCUGAGGAACCACUCCUCUCCACUGGGUGUUCUGGCCCUCAAUGACCAGGCCUCAGACCAGGGUCUCGCCUACAUGCCCUACCUGCCUCGCCUACAGGGACGCCUGGAUCCCUGUGGGCCACGAAGCGGGUCUGAGGCCAACUCCACUGGAGCCACAAGUGCCUCUGACACAUCUGCUACUGCACCAACAGAACAGGAGAAUAUUACAUCCUGUUUCCAAGCAGGUGACUCACGGGCCAAUGAGCACCUGGGGAUGAUAGCACUCCACACAUUGUUCCUGAGGGAACACAACAGGCUGGUCAGUGAGUUGCACCUCCUCAACCCUCACUGGAGCCCAGACACCUUGUACCAGGAGGCCAGGAAGAUCAUGGGGGCUGUCCACCAGAUACUGACCUGGGAGCACUACUUGCCCAGGGUCCUGGGUGAGACCUCCACCUCCCUCCUGAUGCCUCCGUACAAGGGCUACGACCCUGAGAUUGACCCCAGCAUCGCUAACGUCUUCUCAGCCGCCGCCUUCCGCUUUGCCCACGUCACCGUGCAGCCGAUGGUGGCCCGCCUGGGCCCCGGGUACAGCCUCGCCCCACAGCACCCACCUCUGCCCCUACACCACUCCCUCUUCGCAUCCUGGAGGGUCGUACAGGAGGGUGGUAUAGACCCAGUGCUGCGUGGCCUCCUCCUUUCCCCAGCCAAGCUCCAGAUGCCAGGCCAGAUGAUGGUUGAGGAGCUAACUGAGAGACUGUUCCAGGCCCAGGGUGGGAUGCCACUAGACCUGGGUGCCCUCAACCUGCAGCGGGGUCGAGACCACGGCCUGCCUGGUUACAGCUCGUGGCGUGGGCUCUGUGGCCUCUCUGUUCCCAACACCACCUCUGACCUUGCAGGUAUCCUGGGUAACCCUGGUCUGGCUGAGAAGUUCCUGCUGUUGUACGGGACGUCCCAGAACAUCGACGUAUGGGUGGGGGCCAUCUCAGAGCCUCCUCUACCUGGGGGCCGGGUGGGACCCCUCCUGGCCUGUCUACUGGCCAAGCAGUUCAGAGCACUGAGAGACGGAGACAGGUUCUGGUGGGAGAGAGAGGCUGUGUUCACCAGCACCCAGAGAGCUCAGCUUCACACCGUGUCCCUGUCACGCAUCAUCUGUGACAACACGCACAUCACACGUGUUCCCUCCGACCCAUUCAGCCGUACGGUCAGCCCAGAAGACAUGCUGGCCUGCAGCCACCCCCUCAUCCCUCACCUUAACCUCUCUGCCUGGAAGGAGCCUGACACAGAUCCCAGUUGUGGUCCAAUCCCCAGGUUACAGUCAGGCUUCUCUCUGCUCUGUGACUCCGUCAUCUACUACCAGUGUGGUCCAGGCUAUCAGCUGAUUGGUCCAUCCUCUGUGACCUGUGACCCCAAUAGCUAUCAAUGGAGUCCUGCUCCCCCAAUCUGCCACGAUGUCGAUGAGUGUGCCGAUCAGCCAACCCCGUGCCCCCAAAACACGGACUGCCUCAACACACCCGGGUCAUAUAUGUGCACAGACCUGGACCUGUCCUCCCUGUCUACAGUCUCUGUAAUCUCUGCAGUAAUAGCUGUGGUUGGUGGUGUGGCCAUCUUGUUUGUGAUACUGACCUGUUGUAGAAGGUUUUUUCCAAAGAAGCCAGAAUCGAUAAACGGAACCGAUAAACGGAACCGAUAAACAGCGGUUGUUGUAAGCGGGAGGGAUAACCAAGAGACACCUCUGGAAAUGUAGUCCUUAACAUAUUUUAUUACAUUUUAGUAUUUUGUUUAAAAAAAUGUGACAUAUAUCUUGAAUGUGUUGAUAUUAAAACGUAACUUCAGAUUAUUUGUUAGAUAAUAACCUGAAAAUAAGAAAUAACUGAAUUGUAAACCCUGUUUUAGACCACAGUCACAGUAUAUAUAUAAAACCUCAAAAGGUCUGACUCAAAAUGCAAAGUACUUCGCCGUACAGUAUUUGGACAGUGACCAUUUUGUUGUUGUUGUUGUAGUUCUGUUAAGUGACAAGAAAUGACGCAAUACAUUAUUUAUCAUUUUAAUUUCUAUUGGCCACAACAACAAAAAAAUCUGAAACCAAAACAAAACAAACAGCAACAAGUUUUGAAUUACAAGCUUGUCGUUGUUAUUGUGUGAUAGAAAUAUGAUACUAAACUUUUCACUACUUUGAUACACAUAAGUGAAUUUGCCUAAAAGUUCAAAUGUACAUAAAGUGCUGUAAUUUCUAAACGGUUGACCUGAAAAUACCCUCGAAUUAAAGCUGGCAGUCGGCACUGAAAUCCAAAGUGCUGGAGUACAGAGCCAAAACAAAACAACGUGUCACUGUACAAAUACUUGGAUAUCAGUGUAUUUGUCUGUUCUAGUCCACGUGUUUGGAGCUCAUAAACCUGAACAAGCUAACAGCAUUAAAGGGUGUUACAGAUUUA